AUGGCAUAUGCUUCAUUCGACACGCCGAACCGAAUGAUUGUCUCUAGGUGGAGUCCGCAAAAAGCCGCCGAUGGAGAAGAGCAACUACCACACGACUCGGUUCUCCUUGCCGAAGCGGCUUCUGCGAGCGUGGAGUUCACACGUCUUUCGCAGGUUACUGGAGAUAUGCGCUAUUUCGACGCUAUCACAAGAGUAACAGAUAUCCUUGAUCAGCAGCAAGGACUCACAAGACUUCCAGGGAUGUGGCCGAUCAGUGUGGACUUGCGAAACGGGAACUUGACAUUCGAUGGCUUCUUCGGCUUAGGAGCAAUGGCAGACUCGGCCUAUGAAUACCUGCCAAAGAUGUAUCAGCUGCUCAACGGCGACGGUCCAGAGGCGACUCGGUAUCGUAAGAUGUACGACUAUGCAAUGGCAACUGCGACAACUCAUACUAUGUUCCGACCUAUGGUUGAAGAUAAGGCCGAUAUUCUGAUCGCCAGCGCUAACGUUGAAGGCAAUAGGAGUGACAAAGGGCAGCAUCUGGUCUGUUUUGCUGGAGGCAUGCUAGCACUCGGAGGACGUCUCUUUGGAAAUACCACUUAUAUGGACUUUGGCCGUAAAGUUACAGACGGCUGUGCAUGGACAUACAAGUACUCACCCAACGGAAUCGUGCCAGAAGUCUUCUCUAUGACGCCAUGUCCUACAUGGGAGCCAUGCGAUUACAAGCCUCAGUCUGGUCCACAUCCGUUCAGCGAUAUCGGUGAUGGUCGAUACAUCCUCCGACCAGAAGCGAUCGAGUCUGUCUUCUAUAUAUAUCGGAUAACAGGUGAGCGCAAGUACCAGGACAUUGCGUGGGAAAUGUUCCAGGCCAUCGACGCCAGUACACGAACCGACCUUGCCAACGCCGCGCUUUCCGAUGUCAUGAAGUCGCCACCAGAAAAAUACGACUCGAUGGAGAGUUUCUAG